AACUUCCGUGCUAGUGGCGGUCUGGCCACACCUCUUCAAACGAGCCCCAAACAGCUGUGUAGACUGGAGCUUUUCGCGUAUUGCGCAACUCAAAACUCAAAUUGAACUUGGGACACCGACGGAAAGAGAACCAAAACACACGUAAAAAUGCAAAAUCCAAUUCAAAGGUUGGUCUACACGUUCGGUCAACGCACCUACAGCCAAUUGCCGCUCAUCGGCGGAUCAGCAGUAGUGACAGCAACAAAAGUCCAACCGAUGAUGGCCCAGCAGUCGACACGGCAGUCCUCCUCCUCCGUGCUGGCCACGGAGUCCUCCAACAAGGGCAUGAUUAUUCUGAACCGUCCCAAGGCCUUGAAUGCCAUCAAUCUGGAGAUGGUGCGCAAGAUCUACAAGCAUUUGAAAAAGUGUGAAAAGUCAAAGUCCCUGCUGAUCAUCAAAGGUACUGGCGACAAGGCCUUCUGUGCGGGCGGCGAUGUGCGUGCCCUGGUGGAGGCUGGGCCCACGGACGAGUCGAAGAGCUUCUUCCGUGAGGAGUACACCACGAAUGCGCUGAUCGGCAACUACAAGAUACCCUACAUCGCCAUCAUUGACGGCAUCACCAUGGGCGGUGGCGUGGGUCUGAGUGUACAUGGAAAGUAUCGUGUGGCCACAGACCGGACAAUGUUUGCCAUGCCCGAAACGGCCAUAGGCCUGUUUCCCGAUGUCGGCGGCUCAUACUUUCUGCCCCGCCUGCAGGGCAAACUCGGAUUGUAUCUGGGACUGACGGGCUACCGCCUACGCGGUGCGGAUGCCUACUACGCGGGCAUUGCCACCCACUAUUGCGACAGCAGCAAGAUUCCCGAACUCGAGACGGCGCUGCUCAACUGCCCCGAUGCGGAUGAUGUCCCAGAGUUGCUGGAAAACUUCCACACACAGCCGGAGAAGCCGUUUUCGCUGCAACCAGUGCUGAAGCAGAUCAACAAGAACUUUGCAGCGGAUUCGGUGGAGGGAAUCCUAGAGAAUCUGGAGAACGAUGGCAGCGAUUGGGCCAAGAAGACGCUGGCGACACUAUGCAAGAUGUCCCCCACAUCGAUGAAAGUCACGUAUCGCCAGCUGGAGCUCGGCUCCCAGCUGUCCCUUACCCAGUGCCUCAUUAUGGAGUAUCGGCUGGCCGUGCGCCACCUGGAGGAUCGGGCCGACUUCAAGGAGGGUGUGCGCGCUCUGCUCAUUGACAAGGAUCAGCAGCCUAGGUGGCAGCCAGCACAGUUGUCGGAGGUUACCGAAGAGCAUGUGCAAUGGUUCUUCCGCAAGCUGCCCGACACCGAGGAGCUUAAACUGUAACUCCUGCCUCUGAGCGUUUAUCUUUUUUGUUUGAUUUUUGAGCCUGCUAACCCCCUGUUAUGUUUUUCUUCCGACGCUCAAAUUAUUCUUUAUGCACAUUUACUUAAGCGCAGUGCCUGAUUGCAUGCAUACCAACCUUUUGCCUGCCGAUUUUUGCAAUAUUUUCGUUAGACAAGUUCAAGUUUUAUGCAGCCGCUUUUUGGCUGCUUAAUUAUGGAAUAUAUUCUGCAAUCUCUGUUUUUUUUCUCUUUAUCAUUCCAACAGCAAAUAAUCAACUGGAAGGGAUUUAUCUAUUCGCCUUUGCAUUCUCCUAACGAACCGAAACGAAAUGUGAAGUAUAAUGCAUUUAAUACUAUAUAUGAUAUACAUAUAUGUUUAUAUAUAAUAUAGCUAUACCUAUAUAUUAUAUAUACAAUUCGUAGCCUUAACUGAAACACUAAUUGUGCCUAAAGAACCAUUAGAAAUCGUUUAACAAUAAUAAAAGUGAAGUAUAUAUAUUCGUUAA